AAGAUCAGUGAGAGAAUGAUGUUUCUACAAGAUUUAGUUCCUGGAUGCGACAAGAUUACUGGCAAAGCAGGGAUGCUUGAUGAGAUCAUUAACUAUGUUCAGUCUCUUCAGCGACAAGUCGAGUUCUUAUCGAUGAAGCUAGCAACUGUUAGUCCAAGGCUGGAUUUCAACAUCGAUGACAUUUUUGCCAAAGAGGUUGUCUCAGCUCCCAUACCAAACACUGUGUCCGGUUAUGUUCAUUUCAAUCCAAUGCAGCAAGUGGUUACUAGUUCUGAUCCACUGUCAUGUUUCAACAAUGGUCAAUCUGCUACUAUGUGGGACUCUGAUGUGCAGAAUCUUUAUAGCAGUCUAGGUGUUUGACUAAGAACGAUCCGCGCAAAUUUAAAAAGCGUUCCUCAGUUCUAGACCAUUGUCAGGUAUAAUUUUUACUAGCAGUGAUUAUAUGGCAUAAUAAUCUUUGGCUUUAUGGUUUAUUAGGACAAGUUCAAAUAUCACACUUCAUUCAAAUUUUACAUAAUAUAAGAUUUGAUUAUGCAGGUUCUCUGGAUACAGGCAGCUUAUUUUUUUUUCAAGUGGGAAGAUCAAACUCAUAUUUAUUUCAUCAGAAAAGAGAGCAAGUUAGCAGUUAUUUACUAAUUUGAGUAAAUUGACUUAAAAGAAUCUCAGCCCAUCAUUGUAGUA